UCUCCUCCCCUACCCACCACCAUUAACCGCCUCUGCGCCACCGCCUGCCUCUGCUAAUCAGUCGUCAUUUCCUCCCGUCCAUUAAUUAAGCUGCACUGAGCGGGUGAGUGAGUGAGUGAGUGAGUGAGAGCAGAGCGAGGCCUGAUGCGGCAGCGGCAGCACGGGGAGGAGCACCAGGAGCUGUUCGUGCAGUGGAGGCCCUGCGACAAGAAGAGGUCUUAGGCCCUCCGCCGCCCAGGUAGUGAGUAGAUUCGGAUCCAUUCGUGCGUAAAGGGGCCAUCUUUUUGGCCGGCCCGGGCGUUGAUUCGAGGGGGCAGUCGGAGAAAGGAGGAUUGAUCGGAAGAUGAGCGUGUCCGUGGGGAAGACGCGGGUGGGGAGGUACGAACUGGGGCGGACGCUGGGGGAGGGCACCUUCGCCAAGGUCAAGUUCGCAAGGAACGUCGAGACCGGCGAGAAUGUCGCCAUCAAGAUCCUCGACAAGGAGAAGGUCCUCAAGCACAAGAUGAUCGCCCAGAUAAAGCGCGAGAUCUCGACCAUGAAGCUCAUCAGGCACCCCAAUGUUAUCCGGAUGUACGAGGUGAUGGCCAGCAAGACAAAGAUAUACAUAGUGAUUGAGCUUGUCACUGGUGGUGAACUUUUUGACAAAAUUGCUUCACGUGGAAGGCUGAAAGAGGGCGAUGCAAGGAAGUAUUUCCAGCAGCUGAUCAAUGCUGUCGAUUACAGUCACAGCAGAGGUGUCUACCACCGCGAUCUGAAGCCGGAAAAUCUUCUGCUUGAUGCUAGUGGCACACUCAAGGUGUCGGAUUUUGGAUUGAGCGCACUACCUCAACAAGUCCGAGAGGAUGGUCUGCUGCACACAACCUGUGGAACUCCCAAUUAUGUAGCUCCCGAGGUUAUAAACAACAAAGGUUAUGAUGGAGCCAAGGCUGAUCUAUGGUCAUGUGGAGUGAUUCUCUUUGUCCUCAUGGCGGGAUACCUCCCUUUUGAAGAUUCGAACCUCAUGUCACUUUACAAGAAGAUCUUCAAAGCAAACUUCAGUUGCCCGUCUUGGUUCUCCACCAGUGCAAAGAAGCUCAUCAAGAAAAUACUAGAUCCCAAUCCUAGCACUAGAAUAACUAUUGCAGAGCUUAUUAAUAACGAGUGGUUCAAGAAGGGUUAUGAGCCUCCUAGGUUUGAGACAGCAGAUGUUAAUCUGGAUGAUGUCAACUCUAUUUUCAACGAAUCCGGCGACCCAGCACAGCUUGUAGUUGAGAGGCGAGAAGAAAGGCCGUCAGUGAUGAAUGCUUUUGAGUUGAUUUCUACAUCUCAGGGCCUCAAUCUCGGCACACUCUUUGAGAAGCAAAAUGAUUCUGUUAAGCGAGAAACACGAUUUGCAUCAAGGCUUCCUGCAAAUGAGAUACUAUCAAAAAUCGAAGCUGCAGCAGGACCCAUGGGCUUCAAUGUACAGAAGCACAACUACAAGCUGAAGCUGCAAGGAGAGAAUCCUGGAAGGAAAGGUCAGCUGGCUGUUGCAACAGAGGUUUUCGAAGUCACGCCAUCGCUGUACAUGGUUGAGCUCCGCAAGUCUAACGGCGACACCCUCGAAUUCCACAAGUUCUACCACAACAUCUCAAAUGGCCUCAAGGACGUCAUGUGGAAGCCGGAGGGUGGCAUCGUCGAAGGCGACGAGGCACAUCACCGGAGGUUGCCCGACCUUCUCCCGACUCCGACCGCGAGCGCGAUGCGCGAGGAGGUGCGGAGCUCGUCGGCGGCGCCCCCCGACCCGCCGCCGGCGCGCUCGGCCUCGAAUCCACCCACCCCCGUCGCCAGUUCUGCUGGUGCUUCAUCACCUCCUGGACAGACUAAUGUAGCUAGCAUAGAUUGGUUGGGUGGUGAUCAAGUGUCCAAAGUUGGAUCAUCUCAUGUUGCUCCACAUGUUUCUCAGCCUUCUCUAAGUACUAAUGCUGCUGGAACUGCUGCAAAUUUCUUUGAACCAUCAUGUAGACCAUGGGAACGAGGCGACUUGCUUUGUCGACUCGCCACAUUUAAGCCUUCAACAUGGGCUUCUAAGCCAAAGGCUGCUAGUUCGCUGGCUUGUGCUCGAAGAGGCUGGGUGAACAUUGACAUGGAUAAAAUUGAGUGUGAGUCGUGUGGUGCACAUCUUAUAUUUACUGCAUUGACAUCCUGGUCCCCUGCUGAAGUUGCAAAUGCUGGGGAAGCAUUUGCUGAGCAGCUUGAUGCAUCUCACCAGAAUGAUUGCCCUUGGAGAGGGAAUAGUUGUGCUGAUAGCCUAGUCCAGUUCCACAUUACUCCAUCAGCUCUUGUUGGUGGUUUCAAAGAUCGCUGUGAUGGAUUGUUGCAGUUUAUAUCUCUUCCCGUUAUUGCCUCAUCUGCAAUUGAGAGUAUGAGGCUCACUAGAAGCGCUGAAAUUGAUCAUGUCUUAUCCCAGUCAGUUACUAUUUUGUCUGGGGAGCUUGGAUACAAAACAGACAGUACAACAGGAAUUGAUAUCAAUCAUCAAGAUGAGACAUGUGGCUACUCUCAAGCACAGAAGCUUAUUAGCCUUUGUGGAUGGGAGCCUAGGUGGCUUCCAAAUGUUCAAGAUUGGGAAGAAAAUUCAACACGCUCUGCUAGAAAUGCAGGCUCAACUGAACCAAAUGAUCAGUUUCAUUCCCAAUUUUCUGAGCAUCAUCAAAAUCCGUGCUCUGCAUCAGUUAAGAAAGAGAAGGGAAAAGGAAAAAUGCGUGUCAAAGAUACUGGAUGCAGCAUGAGAUCACCUUUGCUGGAUUGCAGCUUAUGUGGAGCUACAGCGAGAAUCUGGGAUUUCAGAUCUGUGCCACGCCCUUCUCAUUUUAGUCUCAAUAACUUUGAUGUGCCUGACACAGGAAGGAAGCCUGUGUUGACACGUGGAAUUAGUGCUACAAGUGGGAUCAAUGGAGGGCUUGCUGAAGGAGCAGAGCGAGAUAAUGUUGAGGGACGUGAUGAGGCAAGUACUGAUGACAGAAAAUCUCUUUCAAAUGCUCAGGUUGACCUAAACCUGACAAUGGCAGGAGGGUUGCCAUCAAAACAUUCUGUAAUGCCCCUAAUGCCUGAACAUUUCAAUUAUGGAGGAAUAGGAAGAGAUCUGAUGAUUGGGCAGCCUACCGGAAGUGAGCUUGGUGGCCAUGCAGCCUCAUUUGAGUCUCGAGGUCCCAGUUCAAGGAAGCGUAACCUGGAGGAAGGUGGGAGCACAGCUGAUAAGCUAAUAAACAGGCUUCAGCCUGCUGACAGCAUAGAAGGAACCGUCAUUGACCGCGAUGGUGAUGAAGUUGAUGAUGCUGCACAAGAUUCUGGUACUCGGAGCAAAAGGCCUCGUGGUUUUAAUCUUUUUGAUGUCAAUCGCCCAUCUUCUUCUGGAGCUGGUCCCAGCAGAAAUUUAAGCUUUGAUCUGGAUAUAGAUGUCAAUAGGUUUGAUACAUCUAAAGCUGAAGGUCCAUCUGCCCUUCAAAACCCAUCUGCAAGGGACUCUAUGAGGGCAUCUUCAGUUAUCGCGAUGGAUACUGUUCAUGGUGUGGAGGAAAAUUCAAUGGAGAGUGUUGAAUACCAUCCAUGUGAUGGUGAUGAUGUUAAUAAGCCUUCUAGGGCACUCAGGAGUGAUGGAAUGAGCGAUACAUUGGAUUUCAAUUAUAGCAACCAAGCACAGCAAAGCAAUUUUCUACAGCCUGCUGCUGAAAGUAAUGCAAGAGAGAUAGGAGGGAGUAGUAUGAAUGGAGGGGAAGAAGUGCUCAAUGCAGAAAUGGUUCCUGCUUUUGCUAGAGAUCAGCUUAGCCUGGGAGUUAGUGGUGGGAGUGUUGGGAUGGGUGCUAGCCAUGAAGCUGAAAUUCACGGGAUUGAUGUUUCUGAGCAUAAAACUGGUAGUGUUGUUGGAGACGUGGAUCCAAUUCCUGAGCUCAUUGAGACUAUGGGCCACACUGGUGAGUCAGCCCCUGGCCCUGGCUUGAUGGAUGAAUUUGUCCCUGAAGAAGUUGGUCGAGAAGAUCCUAAUGGUGAUAGCCAAGAUAUUCGAGCUGACAGUGGCUCGAAAAUUUGUGGUUCAACUAGAGCUGAUUCUGUUGAGAGUAGAGAGAAGAUGAGCCAUGCCACAGGUCAAGAAAAUAGUGCACAUCCUUCCCUUUCUUGCAAUGCAAGAGUUUAUUCUGGCAUUGAUGCAUCUAAAGAGGAGGUGACUGGCACAAUGUUGAUUAAUGAUGACUAUGAUCCAGGAAAUGGAGCAUCAAACGGAGAAAAUGACUAUGAAACAGAUCUUCCAGAAUUUGACCCAAUAAAGCAUCACAACAAUUACUGUCCAUGGGUAAAUGGAGAUGUUGCUGCAGCUUGCUGUACUAAUACUAGUUCCAGCACAAGUAGUACGGCGCUUUCUGGCUGGCAGCUCACAGUCGAUGCCAUCGAGACGCUACAGUCUCUUGGUCAAGCCCAAAACCAAACAAUGCAGUCGGAUUCUGCGGCUUCACUAUAUAAGGAUGAUCACAUCGCGCCUAGCCGGAAGCUACUGAAAAGGGCAAAGCACAGCAAGUGCUAAUCGGCGCUCCUCCCAUACAGACGUACGUUUGGUUUUCAUCAAACCUGUCAAGCUACAUUUCUGUGCUCGAAUCGUUUGACUGCGUAAACCUGAACAGAAUAGUUUAUUGUUUAUGAAACUAGGAUUUGGUGUCUGGCGUAUACAAGAUGAGCUCAGAAACCAAGAUGGGGCUUGUGUGCAGAUGAUCGGGUUUGCCCCGCAUCUUGCCAGGCUGUGUGAGUUUGAUUGUUUUUUCUAUUGUUCUGAAAGAUGAUUUCAGGUCCUUUGACUCAUUUUUUUUUGGGCGACGCUUUGAUGCAGUACUUAGAUUUUGUCAAUGGCUUAGUGUUAGUGAAUAAAAUUCACAAUUCCGACUUUUGUCAUACCUAUAAUCAACAUUGCAAAUAGAGAGCGAGGUAGAAAUUAUGGUGUACCA